CUACUGAACCUCCCUGUGUCGAAAGUGCUGAUACUGUCACGCUGCUUCACUCACACAUGUCAGCUGACUGAACCAAACAAUCUUCAUAACAGCCCUGGAGUCAUCAUAUUCAUAUUAGCUCAGCCGUAGCAAUGAAGAAGAACAAAGGCAAAACCAACAUCACAACUGGGAAGGAGUUUGUGUUUGAGUUCAAGGCAGGGAAACACAACUGUGUCCUCAAAGUGCCUCUGCAGUUCCCUGUCCAAGAGAACAUCAGUGACCUCCAUGGACGCCUGAUGCUGCUACACAAAAUCCCCUGCUACAUAGAAAAUGAGUUAAAAAUCUCAAUCUCCCACUUCAUCGAGAAGGAGACCAUCCUGGAUUUUGACAGAGAGGCAGAGCAGGCCCUGCAGAGACUCACAACAGGAGAUGUAGAUGUGAAUCAGCUCACUAACGCGUGGACCAGGUCUUACGUAGAGACUACGCUGGAGCAUGCUCGUCCUGAGGAGCCCAGCUGGGAUGAAGACUUUGCUGAUGUUUACCAUGAGCUGAUCCACUCCCCCGCCUCAGAUACACUUCUCAACCUGGAGCACAACUACUUCGUUAGCAUCUCCGAGCUCAUCAGUGAGAGAGACAUGGAGAUCAAGAAGCUGCAGGAGAGGCAAGCCUCAGAAAUGGACCAAGUGAUGCACGAACUGGGGAACACUUUGAGUGACCAUGAUGUAAACACUGUGGCCUCUCAGCACUUUGAUGCUCAGCAGGUGUUGGAAAACAAGUGGGCCAGUGAGCUCAAACAAGUGACGAGCAUUCAGAAGCAGGAGUAUCAGGAGUGGGUCAUCAAGCUGCACCAGGACCUGCAGAAAUCCACCAACAGCAGCAUAAUAAAUGAGGAGAUUAAGAUGCAGUCCAGUCAGAUGUCAGAAGUCGCAGAUUCAGGGGCCAGAAUGUUUGAGGAGCAGCCUCAGCUGGAGGAGAGUUUCACCAUUCACUUAGGAGCACAGCUGAAGACGAUGCACAACCUCCGGCUGGUGCGUGCAGACGUGCUGGACUUCUGUAAGCACCGGCGGUACGGCAGCGGUGGAGCGAAGCUGAAGCGACUACAGACCGCCCUCUCCCUCUACUCCUCCUCACUGUGUGGUCUGGUGCUGUUGGUCGACAACAGGGUCAACUCCUACAGUGGCAUCAAGAGAGACUUUGCAACCGUGGCAAAGGAGUGCACAGACUUUCAUUGCCGGUCUCUGGAGCAGCAGCUGGAGGAGGUGCAGCAGGUGGUGCUAUAUGCCAGAGCCCAGCGGAGCCACAAGCAGAAAGAACAGCCUGAAGUCCCCAGGAAUGGAGGGGACGAUAAGAGCAAGAAUGUUGAAAGGAAUCCCUCCAACAUCGUACCAGGUGAGUUUUACAUCUCACGACACUCUAACCUGUCCGAGUGCCACGUCGUCUUCCACCUGUGUGUGGACGAUAAUGUGCGCUCAGGGAACAUCACGGCAAGAGACCCGGCCAUCAUGGGUCUGAGGAACAUCCUGAAAGUCUGCUGCACGCACGACGUCACCACCGUCACUGUCCCUCUGCUGCUGGUGCAUGACAUGUCAGAGGAAAUGACCAUACCGUGGUGUCUGAAGAGAGCAGAGCUGGUUUUCAAAUGUGUCAAAGGCUUCAUGAUGGAGAUGGCCUCGUGGGACGGAGGCAUUUCACGCACAGUCCAGUUUCUUGUGCCGAAGAGUAUCUCAGAGGAGAUGUUCUACCAGCUGAGCAACAUGUUGCCUCAGAUCUUCCGCGUUUCCUCCACCCUGACUCUCACCUCUAAAAACUGAUGCACUGAGAUCAUCACAUUUCUGUCAACCGGAGUCAGAAGGUUCUUUUUUUUCAGGGAUUUUAAAUGAACUGUACAAAAGUCUGAUAAAGUAGCACAUGAGCCCCAUUAAUAGUUAAUACAAGUAUUGCAGCAUGAAAGCACUUAGAGUACAGGUGCAAAAAGUGUUAUUGAGAUGAGAAAAGACCCUUGAUGCAAUAGUGGAGCCUUAUUAUUUUUGCACUUUUAAAAGUUCCACAUGUUGUCGAUGCUGCUGCUGGAGAGAAGACUGGAUCCAGUGGCUCACCAAAGCGGCUGCUGCAAUUAUCAUUUCAAGCCUCCAGGGUGCGGUUCUGGUGACAGAGUUUUAUGACAUCAUGGCAUCAUCCGCUAGUGCUGCAAGUCUUCCAGCACUCUUCAAAUCUACACUCUGUAACUAUGUGCACACUCAAGCCACAGCGUUACAGAAAAAAAUGGUGUUGUGUUGAAGUUUGAGCUCACCGAUGCGGAGAAAAAAUGCAACCAACCAAGCAUACAAGAUGAAGGUGGAAACACAGUGUUGUUUGUGAAGUGAGGAAGCUGGUUGGAACUGACACACUGACAGAUGAACUAACACCUCACUGACAUUUCACCACACAACCAUUAGCAACCAUACAAAGUGUCAUAUUUGUGUUCUUCAUAUGACAAAAACAUCAUUAAUCUCAGCUCCUUUUUUGUUUUUAAUGUAAAUCAUGAGACCCCAUCCACUAUCAACUUUCAUCUGUUGAUUGAUGGUGAUAAAGAUAUGUGAUGUCAAAGUCCAGCCACAGCUAUGAGACUGAUCUGUCUCAACCUCUGAGGCGUGGCUUUGUCUUUAGGGGCUGAUCUGUGACAUUAACUCAGUGGCCUACAGUCGGGUGGUGUUACUGCUGUGAUCAACAAUGUUCUGGAGAUUUUAUGCUGCAUUGCAGUGAGUUGUAGUGGAGACCACUCUUCAUGCUCGUGCAUGUCUGUGCACGUGUGUGUGUGUGCGGUCUCCUCCUUCUACCUCUGUAACAGCAGAUGGCACUGUUCUUAAAGAUAAAGAUGACUUCACACAUACUUACACAUAAAGUUGAAAUGAGUGUUUACUGCUGUUUAUAUUCACCUCAAUCACUUUUUGACCAAAUGACUCGAAGUGCUCCCCAAAGGUCCCCCUCUGCGGUCCUGCGUCUUCAGUGUAAUUUAAACAUUCAUCGCGUGUUCAGAUCUGUUUUUCUGUAUAUUAACUGUAUAUUUUUAUUUUUAUGUUUUAAUAAAAAUACACUCAUCCCAGUGA